GUGUUUUAUCCAGCCGUCGCGAGAAAGCAGAACGAAGGAGAGUUUGAUCAGCUCAAGCUUUGUUGUUGUUGUUCUCUCGUCUCUCUUCUUCAUAAACGCACCCACACGCACCUCUUACGUGCUUUUCUUUCUUUUCCUCGCUUGCACCUCCAUCCCCGUCUCGUCACCGCUCGGACCGCACCGCAACCAUGCAGGGAACCUGGGCUGUACUCAAGAAGAACUGCGUGAACUUCCUGCCGGGCGCGGCGGCGUUCGCCAGCCAAUCCCGCGAGGCUUUCGCGACGUGGCUGAAGAUUUACAAUCGCGGCUACACGCACGGCCCGCAGGACUUCUACGAGCAGCACGAGACAUACUCGCCGGACUACUGGAAGCGCGGCCACUCGCAGGAUAAGAACAUGUGGGUGGACAUGAAGCUUAGCGAGGAGGUCUCGCAGAAGGACAUUGCGCAGCUCAUGCACUACAAGCAGGAUCUGUGGCGCGUCGCCCACGGCGUCGGCCUCACCGCCUUCAUCGGCGGCUACGCCAUUGUGCCACUCUUCUUCUGGCUGGCGAGCAACACCUUCGCGCCAUCGGUGCUGAACGUGACGGAGGAGGAGAAGAAGGAGUGGCGUGCCGCGCAGGACCUCUACCGCUACCGCAGCGCGCCGUCGUACAUCAUGGACACGAAGUGGUUCUUCGACUUCCACGCCUACCCGUGGAACGCCACGCAGGAGCGCGGGUGGGAUGAGCUGUUCGAGAAGAACAACGUCCGUCGCGAUGCGAAGACGGUGCGGCCGGCGGCGGAGAUGUACGACGGCUUCAUCAAGCUCGAGACAAUCCGCCGCAAGUCGCUGCGGCACCUCGCCCGAAGCAUGAAUCUGCCCACCUUCCCGAUGCUGGUGCGCCUGUGCGCCAGCACCCGCGUGAAGGACUACUGGAACCUCGCCUUCAACGAGGAUUACAUGGUGAUUACGCAGAGGCUGCACGAGCAGAUGUCCGACGAGGACCUCUAUGACUACGCGUGGCGCCGCUUCUUAGCCCCGUACGAUAAGAACCUCUCGCGCGAUGAGGUGAUGACGCGCGUCAGCGACUACCACGAGUUCCUCGGCCCGAAGUUUGUCGAGGAGGGCAAGGCGCCGAACCUCAUCAUCCUCACAAACUACUGCAUGGGUUACUACAACGACCCCGCGUACUUGGAGGAAGACAUCGCCGAGCUCGAGGGGAACGACUACGAGUACAUGGCGCACUACGGCAAGGACGCCUUCCUGCGCCGUCUCGAGUUCGAGAACGGCCCGCUGCGCGAUCAGGUGGAGGCGCACACACAGAAGCUGAUUGAGGAGCGCGCGGCGGCGGCGAAGGCGGAGGCGGACGCGAAGGCGGCCCCGCAGGUGUCCGCGUAA